AUGACUAGAACUUCCGUUUUAGCUGAUGCUUUAAAUGCUAUCAACAAUGCUGAAAAAACUGGUAAAAGACAAGUUUUAAUUAGACCAUCAUCAAAAGUCAUUAUAAAAUUUUUAACUGUUAUGCAAAAACAUGGUUAUAUUGGAGAAUUUGAAUAUAUUGAUGAUCAUAGAUCAGGUAAAAUUGUUGUUCAAUUAAAUGGUAGAUUAAACAAAUGUGGUGUUAUUUCACCAAGAUUCAAUGUUAAAAUUAAUGAUAUUGAAAGAUGGACUGAUAACUUAUUACCAGCUAGACAAUUUGGUUACGUUAUUUUAACUACCUCAGCUGGUAUUAUGGAUCAUGAAGAAGCUAGAAGAAAACACGUCUCAGGUAAAAUUUUGGGAUUUGUUUAUUAA